AAAACAUUGUUUUUAUUUAAACUGUCUGUAAGUUACACUGUAGCACACAAAAACCUGUUUUUUUUUCGUAAAUUAGAAAAUAUUGGGUAAAAUUGUCUAAAUUUAAGCAUUUAGAAAAAAAACUUUUCCUUUAAUGUGUGACGGAGCUGUGCUGAAGGCUGUGUAUCACUGCUGCGUUUGUUGGCUUUACAAGCGAGUAACGCAGGCGAGCUAACAGGCUAACAAGCUAACAGAAGCUGUUAACAUUUAAAGUCUCCAUUUCUCGAGAUUAUCAGUGAACCUGACGGCUUCAUGAUUCCUUUCCAACCCAACACGCUUGUGUGGAAAUAGGUAAAGAAGCGCAGGGGAUUUAGCGCACACUCGCUCAGCAGGAGGACACACACACACACACACACAGACAGAGAGAGAGAGGUUGCCCCUCUGAUAGAAGAUGUCCACAAUGGUGUAUCCUCGUGAAGAGAAGCUGGAGAAGCUAACGCAGGAGGAGAUCAUCUCAAACACUAAGCUGGUGAUCCAAGGCCUGGAGGCACUGAAGAGCGAGCACAACUCUAUCCUGCACAGCCUGCUGGAGACCAUCAAGUGCCUGAAAAAAGAUGAGGAGGCCAACCUUGUGCACGAGAAGUCCAACUUGCUCCGCAAAUCUGUGGAGAUGAUUGAGCUGGGCCUGGGGGAGGCGCAGGUCAUGAUGGCUCUGUCUAAUCACCUUAAUGCUGUGGAGUCAGAGAAGCAGAAGUUGCGGGCGCAGGUGCGGCGUCUGUGCCAGGAGAACCAGUGGCUGAGGGACGAGUUGGCCAACACGCAGCAGAAACUGCAGAAGAGUGAGCAGAGUGUCGCCCAGCUGGAGGAGGAGAAGAAGCACCUGGAGUUCAUGAAUCAGCUCAAAAAGUAUGAUGAAGAUGUAUCACCCUCGGAGGAAAAAGAUGGCGACCAACCUAAAGACUCUUUGGACGAUCUUUUCCCUAAUGAUGAGGAGGAACAUGGCCAAGGAAUGCAGCACCAGCACAACAGUGCAGCCGUGGCAGCAGCGCAGCAGGGAGGAUAUGAGAUCCCAGCCCGCCUCCGAACCCUCCACAACCUGGUGAUCCAGUACGCCUCUCAGGGUAGAUAUGAGGUGGCAGUGCCGCUGUGCAAACAGGCUCUGGAGGACCUGGAGAAAACCUCGGGCCAUGAUCAUCCCGAUGUUGCCACAAUGCUCAACAUCCUCGCCCUGGUGUACAGGGAUCAGAACAAAUAUAAAGAGGCAGCACACCUGCUCAAUGAUGCUCUGUCCAUCAGGGAGAAGACUCUUGGCAAAGACCAUCCUGCAGUGGCUGCCACCCUGAAUAAUCUGGCUGUGCUGUACGGGAAGAGGGGCAAAUAUAAGGAAGCUGAACCACUGUGUAAGAGAGCCUUGGAGAUCAGAGAGAAGGUGCUUGGAAAGGACCACCCAGAUGUGGCUAAGCAGCUGAACAACCUGGCCUUGCUGUGUCAGAACCAGGGCAAGUAUGAGGAGGUGGAGUACUACUACUGCAGAGCUUUGGAGAUCUACGAGUGCAGGCUGGGCCCUGAUGACCCUAAUGUCGCCAAGACCAAGAACAAUCUGGCUUCAUGCUUUCUCAAACAAGGAAAAUACAAGGAGGCUGAGAUUCUUUACAAAGAGAUUCUCACCCGUGCCCAUGAGAAGGAGUUUGGAUCAGUUGAUGCUGAGAACAAGCCUAUCUGGAUGCAUGCUGAGGAGAGGGAGGAGAUGAGCAAAGGCAAGCAUAGAGACAACACCCCAUAUGGAGAGUAUGGUGGCUGGUACAAGGCCUGCAAAGUCAACAGUCCGACUGUGAACACUACUCUGAGGAAUUUGGGUGCGCUGUACCGCCGGCAAGGCAAGAUGGAGGCUGCGGAGACCCUGGAGGAGUGUGCCACGAGGUCCCGCAAGCAGGGGAUCGAUCCCAUCAACCAGAGCCGCGUGGUUGAAAUUCUGAAGGAGGGUGAUGGAGAUAGGAGGAGGAGCAGGGACAGCAUGUCCAGCGUUAAGUACGAUAGCAGCUCAGAGGCUGGAGAGGAAGUGAGUAUGGGCAUAGAGUGGAGCGGGGAUGGUAGUGGGGCUCUGCAGAGGGGCGGAUCUCUGGGGAGGAUCAGAGAAGUGCUGCGUAGAAGCAGCGAAAUGCUGGUGAAGAAACUGCAAGGAAACGGACCUCCAGAGCUGCGCUCCACCUCCAAUAUGAAGCGCGCUGCCUCCCUCAAUUACCUGAACAGGUCGAAUGAUGAUCCCUACCAGAACCCUGGGAUAAAUAGGUUGAGGCAGAGCCGUGGCUUGAGCUCCAGUAAUUUGGAUCUGUACAGUGGAAAUUGAGAAAAUGCCUCUACAACUCCAGCUAUGACCGUACCAAGCCAUUCCUACUGCACAACCCAAAUCCUUCACUUUUAAUAAAAGCCACACCUGACAAGAUCUCAGCUAUCCACAAACCUGGUCCUGCAAUAAAUUAGUCAAUGCUCUUGGAAGGUUUGCACUCUCCAGCUCUCACUUAUGCAAAAUAUAAUUUAGACAUUUGUUACAGUCUGUUAGAAGGUUUUUUUUUUUUUGGUCUUACUUUCUGUUACCACACUUUCUCAUUGUUACUCUAACAGCUAUGUUACAGGGUACAUGUAUCUUGAACUAAAGUGUCUGCUACUGUGUCAGCCAGGAAAUAUCCUAGAUGGUGCCAUGCUAUUAUUCUCACUUAGCAUCUUCCAGUAAAACAUUCUUCCCUAGCUAAAGUUAUUUGAGUCAUGUAGCAGACUUUUAUUAAUGCAUUUUUAUAUUUGUGUAAAAUAUAAGUUGAAAAUUUUUGGUACAUCUUGUUUUAUGUAAAAAAUCUUCUCAGUCUUUGUAAAUAAUUUUUGCUUUUGCCUUUUUGCUUUUUAUCUGAUCUUUUGGGGGAUGCAUGGCUGAAAUGAGAAAAGCCAGCUUUGUAUCUUUCACUUUCAUCAUCAUCAUCAUCAUCAUCAUUGUAUCAUGUUGGUCCUGGACUGUUACUGUAUCUACACUUCCAUAUCCUACAGAGAAGACAAUGCUUUGCUAAAUUCUGUAUUGCUAUAGGCUAGGGAAUGAGGUAUUAGAUAGCUGUAGAGAGAAAUACCCUGAAAUACUGAAACACAGAAACUUGGUUACUGGGAAGUGCAUUAUUAUUGUAGCUUAUUUAUAGUAAAAGGGCAAAAAAACAAACCCUGGACCAACAGCAAUGUGUGUAUAAUGAGGCACUACAUGUCAUUUAAACACUAACUAUAUUUUCUAAAGGUUGAGGUUAUGGGCUUUGUUACUGUAUGCAGCUUUUUAAAAGUGAAUUUAGUCUCUUAAACAUAUAAACUUACUAUGUCUGUUACUGCUGAGCGUUACUGUAAGCAUUAUCAUGAUGGUGGAAUGUACUUUUUAAAAAACGUUUUGUCUCUUUUACUUUGAAUGCUGUUCUGUUUUAAAGAGAAUCAUUGCAUGUGAUUGGAUCUUCCUUUUAGCUUGAUCCUUCUACUGAGUUGUGUUACUGAAACUGGCUGUGUAACAUUUUCACUGCGGGGAAAUGUGGUAUAAAAUGGGCCGACUGGGAAACCAGUGCAUUAUAAUGAUGUGCCAAUUACUGUAAGUACAAGGUUUGUUGAAUGUGAGUGGUACAGGAGUUUCUCAGGUAACGCCAAAUUUAUAAGAUGCUUAUGUAAUAAAUAUGAAACCCUGCAAGCAUGUUAAGCUGUAAAAGUUAAUAUUCCAUAUAAAAAUGCAUUGACACUAUCGGCGUGAUGAUAGUCACACUGAUGUUUCCUUUGAGCUGUUUUUGUGUAUGAUAUCGCAGGUUUUUUGUGAAACAUUUGGCAUAUUUCUUACAAAGAACCAAAGUACUUUACCAAUUUUAUGCACGCUUAUAAUUCCUCAUAGUGUGAUUAGGAUUUUAUAAUGCUGAUGAUGUGUGAAGGAUUUUUUUAAAUGUUACACAAGGCAAUGUGCUUGAAUGUUUUAUAAGCCUCGGAGACUUUUACUGGUAGAGAGUUACACGUAAUAGUGAUGGGGAAAGGUCAGUAUGGAUUUUUAAAGAGGGCUCUGCAUGACUUCAGCUAAAUGAUUUAACUGUAAAAUGCUUUCCUCUGAACUCCACAGGUGUUGGGUACGAUAGCCAUAGAAGCCCUGCUGUUGGGUAUAACUGCCAUCUGUAUGAUUUAUACCCUCAUAUUUUGUGGCGUAAAACAUGUUGUGAUGAAAAUAAAUCAUUCAACCUUC